AUGGCCCACCAAGCACACGCAUACCACAUAGUUGACCCCAGCCCUUGACCCUUAACAGGCGCAAUCGCCGCCCUCCUAAUAACAUCGGGCCUUGCAAUCUGAUUUCACCAACACUCCACCCCCCUUAUAGCCCUCGGCAUGGUCCUCCUGCUGCUCACGAUAUACCAGUGAUGGCGUGAUAUUAUCCGGGAAAGCACUUUUCAAGGACACCACACACCUCCCGUUCAAAAGGGCUUACGAUAUGGUAUAAUUUUAUUUAUCACCUCGGAGGUCUUCUUCUUCUUAGGGUUUUUUUGGGCCUUUUACCAUGCCAGUCUCGCCCCCACCCCCGAGCUGGGAGGCUGCUGACCCCCAACAGGUAUUUUUACCCUCGACCCACUCGAAGUCCCCCUACUUAACACAGCAGUCCUGCUUGCCUCUGGAGUCACAGUCACUUGGGCCCACCAUAGCAUGAUAGAAGGCAAGCGCAAGCAGGCGGUUCACUCUUUAACCAUCACAAUUAUCCUCGGCUUCUAUUUUACACUCCUCCAAGCAAUAGAAUAUGUAGACGCCCCCUUCGCAAUUAGUGACGGGGUCUACGGUGCCACCUUCUUUGUAGCAACCGGCUUCCAUGGGCUUCAUGUCAUCAUUGGAUCAGCCUUCUUAGCAGUUUGUCUUCUCCGCCAAGUUAAACAUCACUUUACGUCUGAACACCACUUCGGAUUUGAAGCCGCCGCCUGAUACUGACACUUCGUGGACGUUGUUUGAUUAUUCCUCUAUGUCUCCAUCUACUGA